AUGUCCGAGGACGGGCCCGUGCCUCCUCACACGCCGGGGGCCCUCCGGUCCGAUGAGAUCAUGACGGACGAAGAUUUCGUCAAAGCCAUUGAAGAGAUGGCCGAAGAGGGCCAAAGUGAUUGCGAUAUUGGAGAGCUAUUAAGUAAGGCGCUUAUUUACAUUCGAGAUUGNGAAGAUUUCGUCAAAGCCAUUGAAGAGAUGGCCGAAGAGGGCCAAAGUGAUUGCGAUAUUGGAGAGCUAUUAAAGGCGAUGAACGAGAAUCGAAUCAUCACCUGGGAGGAAGCCGAGCGUAUUCUGAACGAUACCGGCAACCAACCGGUGAAGAGCAGUUUGCCAGAGCAGACUCGACCCACAGAGCCGGACAACGACACUGACGUCGAGCAGUGUGUGCAGCGACUUCUCGACAAUGAUCCAACUCUCAAAGAGGUCAACAUGAACAAUAUGAAACGAACGCCUAUCCCACAAAUUCGGCGACUACUUGAAGCAAUGGCAUAUAAUGAACAUUGUGAACGAUUAUCACUUGCAAACAUGGGUCUUUACGACAAUGACAUUGCGGUUUUAUUGCCGGUGAUCGAGGUUAACACUGCAUUGAGGAAAUUGAAUCUGGAGACAAAUUAUCUGAGUGGUGAUUUCUUCGCCAAGCUCUUCAGGGCGGCGCUGGUCAAUCAAACGCUUGAGGAAGUCAAAGCUGUUAAUCAGGGUGUUUCGUUUGCAACAGUUGCCGAGAAGGAGAUCAUCGACUGCAUCGUGGCGAACACUGGAUUAUUGAAGGUUCAUUUCCGAUAA